AUGGCUUCAUAUCAUCGUGUUCUCCGCACUUUUGGUCGAACAAUUGAUGAUAACACCCUGGAAUGUGACUAUGACAUCCAUCCGUGGGAUAUUCUCAUUGAUAACCAACGAUGGCCCGGCAAGAUACGACUCGUUGGGUACAUUGACGUCUUCUUCUUGAUGUGCUACUCAGGCGAGUCUCGUUUUGAGCAUGGGAUUAUAAUAUACAAGGACGAUGAAAUUAUUCGCCAGCUAUUGAAGAGAGCUGGAUUGAGACCAGAAGAUAAGCCUAUCCAGCUUGAAUGCAUCAAUGACAAAGAAGAGAAAGAAGCUCUACGAAAAUAUUAUUCAUUGAGUACCGAAAAGGAUGGCAGUAAGCAUACGAUUGUCAGCUUAGGCCACCCCAUCAAUCUAUCAACAAAAUAUCCAAAGUCAAAGCUCAAAAAAUACACCAUCAUCUUGCACAAAGGACACACGCCAGCCAUGCAAAAGGAGAUAUUGCGUGGAGUGAUGCAGCACGGCGUUGCGAGAUUACUUACAGACGCUCUCAAGCUUGGUGUUGUCUCAACAGCUGAACUGAUCAGCAAGGUCAAGGAAACCAUCCUCAGCGGAUCUAGCUUGGACGCUGUGACAACCAGGUCUAUGAACGCUCUGACAUCUACGAACCCGCAUAAUAUUUCCUUGUCGGGCGACAAACUCUAG